GAAAUAAGGGAGAAAAGAAAAGGGUGGUCAACGUGAAAAUAGAGGGAGCAUGUGGAAUGGUUGUGGUCACUAUUAUAUAUUCAGUCUCUUACGCUUGUGCAUGUGCCUUUCUUUCUUUUUAUCCUUUAUAUAUGUAUAUAUUAUUAUCUGCAAUAUAAUUAAAGAGAGAAGUAACAUAACAUCAAGGUGCAGAGAGAGGAAUUGAAGCUAGCAUGGGAAGAGGUAAGGUGGUUCUGGAGAGAAUACAGAAUAAGAUCAAUCGCCAAGUAACCUUCUCAAAGCGCAGAAAUGGUUUGCUGAAGAAAGCCUUCGAGCUAUCUGUGCUAUGCGAUGCUGAAAUCGCUCUUAUCAUCUUCUCCAGCCGUGGCAAGCUUUUUCAAUACAGUAGCACUGACAUUAACAGAAUCAUUGAUAAGUAUCGUCAAUGCUGCUUCAACAUGUCUCAGACUGGCGACGUAACUGAACAUCAAUCGGAGCAGUGCUUAUACCAGGAGCUUUUGAUAUUAAGAGUCAAGCAUGAAUCACUCCAGCGGACUCAAAGGAAUCUUCUGGGAGAAGAACUAGAGCCACUUAGCAUGAAAGAAUUGCAUAGUUUAGAGAAACAGCUGGAUAGAACGCUUGGACAAGCUCGGAAGCACCUAACGCAGAAGCUGAUAUCACGAAUUGACGAAUUACAUGGAAAGGUGCACAACCUGGAGCAGGUUAACAAGCAUUUGGAAUCUCAGGAAAGAGGUAAAUGCACCCAGACUUGUGAAGGUUCUGCUAAUAGUCAUAUUCGGCUGCAAGAUGCACAAGUCAAUCAAUUUGAAUCUGAAACAACAGGAUAUAUUUUUUGUUGCAGUUCGUUUCGGCUUCAGCAAGAGCAGACUACUGCUUCAAAAGGAAAAGAAAGCAGUCACAAUAUAAAUAUAUUGCGUCUUUGAAUGUUCAUAUAGUUAGUAUAUAUUGUUCGUGGUCGUGUGUAUAUCCAUCAAAUAUAUAGUUCCAACUCUCAAAAUUCUAGCUAUAGUUGAGGGUCCAUUGAUGAAACUUUGAUUUAGUGUAUGUUUGAUUGAAGAUAUUUUAAGGAAAUAAUAUUAAUAGUUUUAUUUUUAUCCA